AUGUCGUCGAAGCUGAGGAUCCUCGUGCCCGUCAAGCGGGUCAUUGACUAUGCUGUCAAGCCACGAGUAAAGUCGGACCGGACGGGGGUCGAAACGGCCAACGUCAAACACUCGCUCAACCCGUUUGACGAACUCUCGAUCGAAGAAGCGGUGCGCCUGCGAGAGCGCAAAGUUGCCGUCGACGACAUCCUGGCCGUGUCGGCGGGCCCUGCGAAAUGCGCAGACACGCUCCGGACCGCCAUGGCCAUGGGUGCGGACCGCAGCAUCCACGUCGACGUGCCCGAGGACAAGCCGCUGGAACCGCUGGGCGUGGCCAAGCUGCUCAAGGCCAUCGCGGAAAAGGAACAGAGUAACCUCAUCUUCGUGGGGAAGCAGGCCAUCGACGACGACGCCGGCCAGACGGGACAGAUGCUCGCGGGGCUCCUGAACUGGCCGCAGGCCACGCAGGCGAGCAAGGUCGAGAUCACCGGAGAGGGCGAGGUCACCGUCACCAAGGAGGUCGACGGUGGCGUCGAGACGCUUAAGGCGAAGCUGCCCAUGGUCAUCACGACGGAUCUGAGGCUCAACGAGCCCCGCUACGCCAGUCUGCCGAACAUCAUGAAGGCCAAGAAGAAGAAGCUCGAGAAGAAGACCCUGGCCGACUAUGGCGUCGACGCCACCCCGCGCUUGAAGACCGUCAAGGUCGAAGAACCGCCUGCGAGACAAGGCGGCGGCAAGGUCGACGACGUCGACGGUAUGAUUAAUAAGUUGAAGGAGCUGGGCGCAAUAUAG